GGUUGUCCUCUAGCAGCGGAAGCUACGGGGUCUACAUUUUGUUUCCUCCUGACAGUGUAGGGAAAUAUCCUGGUUAAGACAACCUUUAUUGUGAAUUAAACACGCAUUUUUAAAAAGUCUUCAGAUGUUUUCAAUCAUCGUUGACAACUAGGUUUAGGUAAAUUGUCUCCCGAAAACAACAGAAGCUCAGAGCGUUAGCUUCGCCUGUUAGCUUGAAGCAGACAACCAGCACGGAGGAACGCAGAGAGAGACUCUUAGAUGGAGAACGGACUGCUUUUCUUGUGCAGUUUAAGGAGAGGUUGUGUGAGAACCUCGGAUCUUUAGAGUUUUGGAGAAAAGACAGCUAACAGAGACGGAGGAACCAACACACAGUGAGCAGAUGGACUCUCAGUUUCAAGACGUUCAGAAGGUGUUGGUGUUUAAAGAGGAGCUUCCGGGUGAGGAGCAGUAUUGGUGUCCCAGGCUGAACCAGGAGGACCAGAAGCCCCGACAGAUUAAAGAGGAACAGGAUGACAGUGAGAUUAAAGAGUUUGUUUUCAAUCCUGACCCUGUGAAGAAUGAAGAUGAUGACGAGAAACCUCAGCUCUCAGAGCGUCACAGCCAGCCUGAGGAGAACAGAGACUCUGUAGGUCCAGAACAAGAUCAUGAUCAAGAUUCUUUUGAAACAGACAUCAGCGAUGGAAACUGGGAGGACAGCGGUGACGCUCCAUCAUGUUCGGACUCUGUAAGGAAUAAUAAAGUUCCUGUAGGUGAUAAAAUAUGUGAGAAAGGUAAGAAGUUACACAGCUGCAGUGAAUGCGGUAAAACAUUUAACCAAAGGUGGGAUCUGUUAAGACACAACAGAAUCCAUACAGGAGAAAAACCCUACAGCUGCUCCGUCUGUAAAGCCUCUUUUACAUGGAAACAUGUCUUAGUGCAGCACAUGAGAACUCACAGUGGAGAAAAACCCUUCAGUUGCUCUGUUUGUGGUCAGACAUUUAGAAAGAAAGAAACUUUAACCUAUCACAUGAGGCGCCACAGUGAUGAGAAACCUUUUAGCUGUUCUGUCUGUGGGCAAAUGUUCAGCAGAAAGGAGAGCGUGAAUCGGCACAUGAAAUGUCACACUGAAGACAGACCUUUCAGCUGCUCCAUAUGUGGACAAAAGUUCAAGAGGAAGGAGAGUGUAACCCGGCAUAUGAGAUGUCACACUAAAGAGAAACCUUUCAGCUGCUCCAUCUGUCACAGGGCCUUCACUUCCCAAUUAACCUUGACAGACCACACAAAGGUCCACUCAGAGAACAGACCUUUCAAAUGUUCUGUCUGUGAUGCUGCUUUUAAAAAAAAGAGAACGCUAUCAGAACACGCAAGAAUCCACACCGGAGAGAAGCCUUGCAGCUGCUGGAUCUGUGGCCAAAGCCUCAGUUCCAAGUCAUAUCUGACUGUUCACAUGAGAAGUCACACAGGAGAAAAGCCUUACAGCUGCUCUAUCUGCAAGGCCACUUUCAAAUGGAAAAAAACAUUUGAAAUGCCCUACCAUCGGUGUUCCAGCAAGGCUACAACCCCAAACACACCAAUAUCCAACAGCUGCUGGUGAUCAAAGAGGAGCUUUCUGCUGAGGAGCAAGACCCGAGUCCAGUCUGGAACAGGACGACCCGAAUCCCCCACAGCAUAAAGACGAACAGGAUGAGUUUGACAUUACAGAGUUUAUAUUCAAUCCUGUCCCUGCGAAGAGUGAAUAUGAUGAAGAGAAACCUCAGCUCUCAAAACUUCCUCAUGGUCAGACUGAAGAGAACAGAGACUGUGCUGGACCAGAACCAGAUCAUGCAGACCAAACUUCAAAUGCGGAGACGGACAUCCGUGAUGGACACUGGGAGGAGAGCAGUGAAACUCAGUUGGGUUCAGACUUGGUAAGAAGUAAAUGUCCUGCGUGUGACACAAGAUGUGAGAGAGAAUUGACGCACAGCUGCAGCGAGUGCCGUAAAACAUUUUCCAAAAGUUUGGAUCUGUUUAGACACAGGAGAAAAAAACCUCUCAGCUGCUCCCUCUGUGACCAGAGCUUUGGAUCCAGGUAGUAUCUAACCGUCCACAUGAGAGGCCACACAGGAGAAAAACCUCGAAUCUGUUCCUUCUGUGAGACAGCUUUUAAAAACAAGGUCACCCUAACUGAGCACAUGAGAACCCACAGUGGGAAGAAACCGUUAAGCUGCUCCGUCUGUAACAAAGCUUUUACUUUGAAAACAGAUUUAAUAAAACACAUAAAAGUCCACUCAGAAGAACGACGCUUCUGUCUGUAGUGCAGUUUUUAAAUGUAAAAGUAACUUAAUCCAACAUUUGAGGAGCCACACUGGAGAGAGACCUUUCAGCUGCUCUGUCUGCAGCCAAACACAAUCUGGUGAUAUUAAAAGACAGAUGGUGUUUAAGAACUGAGUCGGAAACAACAAUUAUUGAAAAUAAUCAGCUGCAAUCAUUAACCUACUCAAAGUAAGUGAUGGAUGAUUUCAAAAUAAACUGCGGGGAGAAAAAGUCAGCUUCUGUUAUUCUGACGCUAAUCCGACAUUUUACUAUCAUUGAAGCGCAAUAUAUUUAUUUUCACUGUUUUUGUGUUUUAAAUUUGAGCAAUCAAAAACUAAACAAAAUAUGGUGCUACUAAUGUUCUGAUUGGUUGCUGUUCCCCAUGAGCCCGACCCUAGCCGCUGAUGAAAGCGGUUGUUUCCUCUGACCCAGUAGCGAACUGAGGCUAGCUCUGGUUAUCAGUAUUAGAACCACGGCUUGUCUCAGUGGAAACACACAGAACUCACUUAUAAGCACCAGUUAAGCACUGGAAUCGGUUUGGUGGAAAAGGGCCCUACGUUUCACACAGAAGAAAACAACAUUUCAGCUGUUUUUUUUUUUUUUUUUUUUAAAUAAAAUCUUUUCAUGGAAAAUGAGAAAAUUAAUCCAGGAGGACAUUUCCUCAGAGGAUGUUACAACAGAAGAAUUAUCUGUGACCAGAUCAAAACAAGGAUGUCCCAAGUGCGGCCCACUGCCAUUUGCAGCCCAUCGAAGGAUUUGUGGGACCAUCCAACUGCAUUUCAAGACUGGUACAAAUUUGGCCUGAGCACAGGUGUAUGAUGCAAAUGGAGACUUUUUAAAAAAUAGUUUAGGCUUUGACUAACAACAAAAAUGUUCUUAAAAUGGAAAGUGUAAGGUUGAACACAAAUAAUUCAUCUUCUAUCAACCCUUCUUUUUGGUUUUCAUUUAGAUUUCAAAGAAAAUGCUGAGAAUACAGCAAACAUUUAAUUAAACCAAGAAGAUAGAAAACAUUCGACCCAAAACAUUUAGUACACUUUAUACCUGAGGACCGUUGUAGACCUCCAAUGAUCUACAGAUCCCCUUUUUUUUUUUGUUACAACAAUCAGACUACUUUCUUGUAAUAAAAUGUUGUGUUCACUUUUCCUUUGAUCGGCAAGUAAUUUUAACGUGUCUAUUUUGGCCUGUGUGAGAAAACGUUUGUUCACCACUACUUUCAGACUGACGUUUAUCAUUUGGAAAGUCUGAAAAGCAAGAGAAAUGUAAAGAGCUGCUGAUGGGUUUUGGUGUAGAAUGUGUUUAGAAGUGAUCAUUUAUUGGUUUUAUUUGUUUUCUUCAGUACAGUAAAAUCGUUUGUGACUGUGUUAGGAGGACUGAUAAUAUAUAUAUUUUUAUAGUUAUUUUAACUUGAAUUUAACUUUAAAAAUGUUUAAAUGUUUUUCAAACCUUUCCAAAAAUAAAUGCGUAUGAGGAAAACC